CAGUUAAUGGACAUGGUCCAGCGCGUGCAGGAUAUGUAGUCCGGGUGGAGACUGCGCUAAUUCACAGUGAAACAGACAAGAGAGCACUUUGCAGUUCGAGCUGAAUGAGUGGAAACUUGUAAGAAGCAUCAUGCCUGCAAGGUUCUGUGGAGUCCUUGUCCUUCUUAAUGUGUUCCUAAGUGGACUGAAUGCAUCAAGACCAGCUGUAAACCAGGAACUAUCCAAUAUUUUCAAUGAGCUUUGGACGUUGGAUGUGAAUCGCAUGACACCUGUGACAGACUACACAAUCUCUGUUCAGGGUAGAGCCGGUUUUGUAAACCAGGGCAGCAAUGUUGUACAAGAUCACGCCUCUCAGCCUUUGUUCUCCAACGUAAACGAGAACAAACUGAAGAACAUGACCACUGUCUCCCGGUUCAUGAAACUCCUGGACAACUAUGAGCGAUCCAUAGGCGUGUCAGAACGAGUCACAGCAGAGGAGCAGACAGAGAUUAAUCUCUUCCUGGAUGCCGUCUUAGAGACAGAUGUCAUGAAGCGGGCUCAUAAGUACCUGGUGAGCAAAGGACAGUCCAGCUCCAAUCUGGGGCUCUUUAAGAGUCAGCUGCAUUUGAUCUGGUUCCAGCUCUACCACAGACAGCGCAACACAGGCCUGGACUCCAGUGGAUUCGAACAUGUGUUUGUUGGAGAGACUAAAUCUGGAACAGAAAUCAUCGGAUUUCAUAACUGGAUCCAGUUCUACCUGCAAGAAAAAAGCACACACUUGGACUACAAAGGAUACAAGGCCAGAGAACGUGACAUACCCGAUCAAGACGACCAUGUUCUGAACCUCCAGUUCAGCUGGCACGGCACAGUGAAGCCCGUUGGCAGCGCCUUCAUCGGGACCAGCCCGGAGUUUGAGAUGGCGCUCUUCACCAUCGUCUUCCUCAUGAACACAGAGAGGAGCACCACAGUGCUGGUCAACAUCGACCAGUGUCAGAUGGAGCUGGUGGUCAUCAGACACGGACGCUCCCUUGGGACUGCGUAUCCCAAGCUGCUCAGCAGCAACAACCGACACGUUAGGCAUUCCUCACACUGAUGUGGGGAUCCUAUGAUACCAAGUGAUACUCAGGUCCUUAUAAUGUUCAUGUUUAAGAAUCUGCUGCACAAAUGUACUGGGGUUUGGUUAAAACAGACCUACUUAGUGUAGUGCAGGACAUAGAUGUGUACGUUUUAUCAAGACCUUUGUAAAUAAUCAUUUGUCAUAAAAAGCUAUUUCAAUAUAAUUGAUUAAUGCAUUUUUAAGUCAAUUAUUGAAGGGUUUAUUAAAUGUUCUCAGCAAAUAAAAUGACUCCCAUAUA